AUGGUCAAUUCAAAAGAAAAUGUCUACGAUCCUCUCUGCUUCGUGGAUCAACUGAUUCCACAUGAUAGCUUAGACUUCAUAAUCAAACUAUUUCAUCGUAAAGAGAAUCAAGGGAUGAUUCAAGAUCAUAAGCAUUCUAAGCUUGACAGACGCGUUAAUAUUAACACGACGCGCUCUCGUGGGGGCAGUCUAGUCGAGGACGUCAUUGAGAAGCUGGAGAGGUUCAAAGUACGUACCGUGAACAUCUUGGUGGGAGGAGAAGCUGAUGAAGACAAGAAAUAA